AAACUCAAACUCGUUGUUUAUUAUUAGUUUAUUACUUCACUUCACUUUCUUUCUUUCAUCGCUCUUGGCGGACUCUUCCACAAACCCCAACUCUUAAAACGCCACCCUAUAAAACUUCACGCAUCCCUUUUUCUCUGCACUCUUCAUCACUCGUCACACACAAAAUCAAUAUUUAAAAAAGAAUUAAAAAAAAUAAUAAUAACAAUAAUAAGAGAAAACUUUCUUUUUCCUUUUUUGGUUCCUAAACAAUGGCUUUGAGUUUCACGCCCCAAACCACCAAAACCGUUUCCCAAACACCUUCCUUUAUUGCCUCCAGGCCGGUAGCGCCGCCGAAGUCUGUGCCGUUUCGCAACUCGCGACGAUCAAUCGCGGUGCGUGCCUCGGCCUCUGUGGCGUCUCCGUCUGCAGCGGCGGUGACGGCGACGCGGGAGUGUUCUGUGAAGUCGCUGAAGGCGAGGCAGAUCGUGGAUAGCAGGGGAAACCCGACGGUGGAGGUGGAUCUGGUGACCGACCAGCUGUACCGAUCGGCGGUGCCGAGUGGCGCCUCCACGGGGAUCUACGAGGCGCUGGAGCUGAGGGAUGGUGAUAAGAGCGUUUAUGGAGGAAAAGGAGUGCUUAAUGCUGUUAGGAACAUCAAUGAGGUCUUGGCUCCUAAGCUUCUUGGCGUUGAUGUUAGGAAUCAAGCAGAUGUGGAUGCUAUCAUGCUGGAAAUAGAUGGAACUCCUAACAAGUCAAAGCUAGGGGCUAAUGCAAUAUUGGGAGUUUCGCUGAGCGUGUGUAGAGCUGGUGCAGGAGCAAGAGGAGUGCCUCUAUACAAACAUAUCCAGGAAAUUUCUGGAACAAAAGAACUUGUAAUGCCAGUUCCAGCUUUUAAUGUUAUAAAUGGGGGUAGUCAUGCUGGAAAUAAUCUGGCCAUGCAAGAAUUUAUGAUACUACCAGUUGGAGCUACUUCGUUUUCUGAGGCACUCCGCAUGGGUAGUGAAGUUUAUCAUGUAUUGAAGGGUAUUAUCAAGGCAAAAUAUGGACAAGAUGCAUGUAACGUCGGAGACGAAGGAGGAUUUGCUCCCAAUGUUCAGGAUAACAGGGAGGGGCUAGUUUUACUCAUUGAUGCUAUUGAGAAGGCUGGUUACGCUGGCAAGAUUAAAAUAGGUAUGGAUGUUGCAGCUUCAGAGUUUUACACAAAGGAUGGAAAAUAUGAUUUGAACUUCAAGAAACAGCCAAAUGAUGGAGCUCAUGUUCUCUCUGCCCAGAGUCUUUGCAAUCUUUAUAAAGACUUUGUGAAGGAAUUUCCCAUUGUGUCAAUUGAGGAUCCAUUUGAUCAAGAUGACUGGGGUUCAUGGGCUUCACUACAGUCUUCAGUUGAUAUUCAACUUGUAGGAGAUGAUUUACUUGUUACAAACCCGAAGAGAAUAGCUGAAGCCAUCCAGAAGAAGGCUUGCAAUGGUUUGCUUCUAAAGGUUAACCAGAUUGGCACAGUGACAGAAUCUAUUCAGGCUGCACUUGACUCAAAGGCAGCAGGCUGGGGUGUCAUGGUUAGUCAUCGGAGUGGUGAGACUGAAGAUAACUUCAUUGCUGAUCUCUCUGUCGGCUUGGCCAGUGGACAGAUUAAGACUGGUGCACCGUGCCGAAGUGAGCGAUUGGCAAAGUAUAAUCAGCUUCUUCGCAUUGAAGAGGAACUUGGAAGCGUGCGAUAUGCUGGUGAAGCCUUCAGAUCCCCUUAGAGUGAAUAAGGGCUGUCUCAAAUAUGUAGUCUUGAAAUAUUUCUGCAAGUCAUUAUCAUCAUCGAUUAAGUUAAGAAAACAAACAUGACCAAGGUAAAUCCAGAGUUUUGAGAGCUGCAAUUGAUGGGUUUAGCCUUCAAAUGUGUUAGUUUUGAACUGAAAUAAUUACUCCAGAAAUAAGAAACUUUAUUUUGGUGAAGCUGCUAUUAUGAUGUGAAGUAGCUUAAUGUAACUUCAUGCAGGGACUAUAGGUGUAACUUUCAAACAAAUCUACGUGAUGAGUUAAUUCGAAUGUAUUGUUUUGGAUGAACUUAAACCACUUUAA